AUGUCUGUCGAGGGAAUAAAUUGUCUAGAGUCAAAUGAUUCAACUGGACUUUGUGCUUCUUCCUCACGCGGACAUGAAGAACUUGUUGAACUUCAAUCAAAAGAUGGAGUUGUAGUUCGUUCGUUAAAAAAUAAACGUGAUUUAACGGCCUACAAUAAAACUAAAAACAACCAGUUUCGCCAACUGUUUCGGCGACAGAACGCUGCAGAAAGAUUCAUUUCUCUUGAUGGAUUUCGGAUUGAAUGGAUGAGAAAUGAUUGCUAUAUCGAACAAAAAGCAGCUUGGUUGAUAUAUUCGAAGAAUGCUCGGAGGACUACUGAGCCCAUGAGUGUUUAUGUUUCAAUAAUAAAAGCAUGGUAUUUAGACAAUCAUCAUAUCAGUAAUAUCCGUGAUACAGAAUUGAUCCGUUGGUUUUUUAACAAAGCCUCGGAGGAGGAGGAUCCGAUUCAGCUAAUAAAGAUCUAUACGAGAGAGACAAGCUACUAUCGAAAAUUAAACGAAUAUUUGGCUAUUGAGCAUACAAAUGGAUGGAAUAAUGACAAUAUCAACCGACAAAGUAUCCUCAGUCUAAUGCGUUUCCAUUCUUCUCUUCAACAAUUUUCUUUUAUCGGUGUAACCUACCGAGGAAUGAGAGUGACGGAAACCGAUUUGGAACAAUAUGCGGUUGGUACGUGUCUCAUGAACAAAGCGUUUCUUUCUACGUCUAAAGAUCGAAGAGUAGCCGAAGCGUUCGCGGACUCAUGCGGUAGCAUUGAUGGAAGGCUGACUGCAAUUUGUGUCUAUGAAAUUUGUUUAGAUACCUAUCGAUCAGCUAUCGACAUUGAAACCAUAUCUGAAUUUCAAGAUGAACAAGAAGUAUUAAUUCAUCCGUUAAAGUACAGAAACACAAAUUACUUAAAAUGGGAUGCAUGUUUACCACGGCAUCAAAAAAUAGGAUUAAUAAAUUCGUUAGUGGUAAGAGCAUUAUGUAUUUGUUCAAAUAAUGUUUUAUUAGAUGAUGAAUUAAAAUUCUUAAGAGAUGUAUUAAAUGCUAAUGGGUAUUCAGUAAAAUUAAUUGAACGAACAAUCAAACAUACGAUACAUAAAGAAAACCAAACCGAUCAACAAAGUAAUAUGAAUAAAAAUCAACAAUGGAAUAAUGACACAAAUGGUAAAGAAAUGCCAGUUAACAUUGUUCUCAGUUAUCUAGAGAAGGAAUUAUAUUCAUUUGAAAAAAAAUUAAAGAAAUUAAUGAAAAAUAUCAAAAUUUAA